GCCGGGAAGGGGUCCCUGCUGCCAGCCGCAGCCGAGGAGCCAUGGCCUAUCACAGCUUCCUSCUGGAGCCCAUCAGCUGCCAUGCCUGGAACAAGGACCGGACCCAGCUGGCGCUGUGCCCCAACAACCACGAGGUGCACAUCUACCGCAAGGAGGGCGGCCGCUGGAGCAAGGCGCACGAGCUCAAGGAGCACAACGGGCAGGUGACCGGCAUCGACUGGGCGCCCGAGAGCAACCGGCUGGUGACGUGCGGCACCGACCGCAACGCCUACGUGUGGACGCUGAAGGGCAACGCGUGGAAGCCCACGCUGGUGAUCCUGCGCAUCAACCGCGCCGCCCGCUGCGUCAAGUGGUCCCCCAAGGAGAACAAGUUCGCCGUGGGCAGCGGCUCCCGCCUCAUCUCCAUCUGCUACUUCGAGCAGGAGAAUGACUGGUGGGUGUGCAAGCACAUCAAGAAGCCCAUCCGCUCCACGGUGCUGAGCCUCGACUGGCACCCCAACAACGUCCUGCUGGCCGCCGGCUCCUGCGACUUCAAGUGCCGGAUCUUCUCGGCCUACAUCAAGGAGGUGGAGGAGCGGCCCAGCCCCACGCCCUGGGGCUCCAAGAUGCCCUUCGGGGAGCUGCUCUUCGAGUCGGGCAGCGGCUGCGGCUGGGUGCACAGCAUCUGCUUCUCGGCCAGCGGCGCCCGCGUCGCCUGGGUGGCCCACGACAGCACCGUGAGCGUGGCCGACGCCGACCGCAGGAUGGCCGUGGCCUCCCUCUGCACCGAGACCCUGCCGCUGCUGGCCGUCACCUUCAUCACCGAGAACAGCCUGGUGGCCGCCGGCCACGACUGCUGCCCCAUGCUCUUCACCUACGAGGAGGGCCAGGGCGCGCUGCGCUUCGCGGGCAAGCUGGACGUGCCCAAGCAGAGCUCGCAGCGCGGCCUCACCGCCCGCGAGCGCUUCCAGAACCUGGACAAGAAGGCGAGCUCGGACGCGGCCAACGCGGCGCUCGACACGCUGCACAAGAACAGCAUCAGCCAGAUCUCGGUGCUGGCGGGCGGGAAGGCCAAGUGCUCCCAGUUCUGCACCACGGGCAUGGACGGCGGCAUGAGCAUCUGGGACGUGAAGAGCCUGGAGUCCGCCCUGAAGGACCUCAAGAUCAAGUGAAGGAGGCGGCUGCUCCCGGCGCUCCCGGCCUCCCUCUCCCCGGCGGAUCCUGCUUGCUCCCUUCCCGCGACACCCUGCGCUCCAGGCCCUGCUGGCGUCAGCGGCACCUGGCGCUGGGGGUGACGCCGAGACAAAGGAAAAAGAAUGUUUUUUUAACUAUUUUUGUUACCAUUGCGCCUGAUGCUGGUCAUACUUUGCUUAUAGAAAUGGAGAAUAAAGG